CUUUUAUCCCUAAUGCAUGCAUUUAAUUAGCAUAGUGCCUUGAAUAUAGGAAGCAGGAAAUAUUGUUAAAUUGAAUUAAUUGAAGGAAUUCUACAGCCUCACUCCUUAACCUUUUUUGCUUCCUCCCUUGCAGUGCUGCUGAUGUCUACAUCCGGGAGUACUUUCGUGUUUAUAGCUCAGCUGGACACCCUGAAGCCAUGCCCUUGAGGAUCAAACACAUUGAGAGCUUCUUCCACGAGACAGACCCAACCACACUGCAGUACUGCUGCCUUUCAGAAGAUGGGUGCUCUUUCCACUUCCCAACCCAGAAUGAGCUGGAACAGUACCCCAUUAUUGUCCCUACCACCACUGCCUCCCACAGCCUUCAUGUGCCCCCUGACUUUUUUUCCCACAUCCUCAUUGAUGAGGCUGCUCAGAUGUUAGAGUGUGAAGCAAUAAUGCCACUGGCUUAUACUACCCAAGACACAGGUGUUGCCCUGGCUGGGGACCACUUGCAAAGCACCCUCAAAGUCUUCAGCAUGGGUAACAGGAAGUCUGCUGACCAUUCACUAUUCAAUCGACUGUUCCAGUAUUAUCAGCAGGAGACUCAUCAAUUGGCUUCCCAGUGUAGAAUCGUCUUUCGUGAAAACUACCGUACCACGGAAACCAUCAUUCUCUUUGUACUUCACAAUUUCUAUGGGACCAGCAAAAUCCUUAUGGAGGAUAGUGGAAUCCCUGACCAUCCCUCGCAAUUCCCGCUUAUGUUUUGCUGUGUGUCUGGCACUCCUGAGAAAAAUAUCUCGAUGACAUCAUGGUUAAACAGAGAUGAAAUAGUGGAAGUCAUUAAGAGGAUACAGGAAUUCUAUCAGGAUUGGGACUGCCAAAGGGGCAGCUGUGAUCAGAAGCAAAUUUGUGUUGUGUCUCAUGGUUCUCAGGUAAAAAGACUGAAGGAGGAACUGAGGAAGAAACAACUGGAAGAAAUCGUAGUGGAGAAUUCUGAAAAUAUGCCAGGUCGUGAGUUCCGAGUAGUCAUCCUCAGCACAAUACAUACCCAGGACAGCCUGCUCAGCAAUUCAGCCACUCACCUGGAAUUCUUCAAUGAGCCCCGAUUACUUAACACAAUGAUGACCAGGGCUCAAUCACAGCUGGUUGUUGUGGAUGAUCCCAGUGUCUUAUGUGCCUUUGGACAUUUCAGCGAGAUAUGGAAGAGAUUUAUUCAAAGAACAUUAGAGCAAGGCAAUACACUUCCUUCAUUCCUCAAAAUGGAAGAUAUGGAGCCAAGUUCCUUGCUACAUUUGGCCUGGCAAAACAGACUGGACCCUGGGACUGCAGCCAGGGAGGAUUUAGAAGAGGAGGAUAACUACGGUGUUGCUACCUCCCAGGCAUCUGAUGCUAUACUCUGUGCUGAUGACUCUAUCCUGGAAGAAUUGCUGGCAGAGACACUACCUGGGAACUAAUGGGACUGAUGGGACUGGCUUCUAUAUUUGAUAUUCUAUGACCUACCUUCCCUCCAUUAUAACAGUAUUUAAGUUUUCCUGUGCCAGCGUUGGAAAAAUCCUUACACAGUGAGCCCAAGAGAGAACCUAUUAAGAUGGGCAAUGUUGAAAAAUUACCCAUAAAACAUAUAAGUUUUAUAUAUAAAAAGCCUUAAUUUUAAAAAAAGAACUUAAUAAGAACUGUGAACUGAUUAAAUAGGUCUUAAAACAGAAAUAUAGUUUAAAGAUUUAGAUAAUGGCAGGGAAUUCGCCUCUUUGUAAAUUUAAGAAUUAAGAUACAUAUAGUAUGUCAAAUGUUACUAAGUUAUAACAUACUCAGACUUAAAUUCAGUAGUCACUAAAUGUUGAUCUCACACCUACCUCACACAGGUAGCUUUGCUGACCUAUAUUUGUCCAAAGUAGCUGCCACUGAAGUCACUUGGAGUUAGACUUAACCUAACUAUCUCUGUCACCUGAAUUUUCAACAGCAGGAAGCAUCCAUGUCUAUAAAUCCUGCUUAAUUAAUUUAAAGUGCUGGAUAUGCAUAAUCAAUGAUUUUCCCUGGUUACAGAAUGUUUAUUUGGAUGUACCAAUAAUAUUUAUAUCAUGAAUAUUCUGGAAUCAUAUAUAAAAGACAGGUUUGCAAUAAAAUGUAAACUGUAAAUUCAAA